GCGAAGCGGCCUCCCACGCCGAAUCGCGCAUCUGCGCAGUUGCUGUUAUUGUGACUGUCGGGCCACGGCCCCGGAUGUUGUGGCUGCCGGGGGGAGAUGGCGGAGGCCGAAGGGGUGGCGGCGACCCCAGGCCCGGCUUCGGGGUCGACUUUCAGGGGCCGCCGAGAUGUGUCAGGCUCCUGGGAGCGGGACCAGCAGGUUGAGGCGGCGCAGCGGGCCCUGGUCGAGGUGCUGGGGCCUUACGAGCCUCUGCUGAGUCGGGUGCAGGCAGCCCUGGUGUGGGAGCGGCCAGCCAGGAGCGCCCUGUGGUGCCUGGGGCUGAACGCGGCUUUCUGGUUCUUUGCCCUGACAUCCCUUCGUCUUGUGUUUUUACUUGCAUUUGGCUUGAUGAUCAUUGUGUGUAUUGAUCAAUGGAAGAACAAAAUCUGGCCUGAAAUAAAAGUGCCAAGACCCGACGCAUUAGACAAUGAGAGCUGGGGCUUUGUGCACCCUCGGUUGCUCAGCGUGCCCGAGCUCUGCCACCAUGUAGCUGAAGUCUGGGUUAGUGGGACCAUUUUCAUAAGGAAUGUUUUGCUUUUCAAAAAGCAAAACCCAGGCAAGUUCUGCUUGCUGAGCUGUGGGAUACUGACCUUUUUGGCUGUCUUGGGCCGCUAUGUCCCUGGGCUUCUGCUCUCCUACUUCAUGCUACGCCGCAGAGCUCUCCACCCAGAACGAGCCAUGGACAACCACAGUGACAGCGAAGAGGAGCUUGCUGCCUUCUGUCCUCAGCUGGACGAUUCUACUGUUGCCAGGGAAUUGGCCAUCACAGACUCUGAGCACUCAGAUGCUGAAGUCUCCUGUACAGACAAUGGCACAUUCAAUCUUUCAAGGGGCCAAACGCCUCUAACGGAAGGUUCUGAAGACCUAGAUGGUCACAGUGAUCCAGAGGAAUCCUUUGCGAGAGACCUUCCAGACUUCCCUUCCAUUAAUGUGGAUCCUGCUGGCCUGGAUGAUGAGGACGACACUAGCAUUGGCAUGCCCAGCUUGAUGUACCGUUCCCCGCCAGGGGCUGAGGAGCCCCAGGCCCCACCUGCCAGCCGGGACGAGGCUGCGCUGCCAGAGCUCCUGCUUGGUGCUCUGCCUGUAGGAUCCAACCUCACCAGCAACCUUGCCAGCCUGGUCUCCCAGAGUAUGAUUCAGCUGGCCUUGUCAGGGGCCUCCCAACCAGGCCCUUCUGGCGCACCUGCCCAGAGAGCAACAAGAGGCUUCCUCCGGUCCCCCAGUUCAGACCUGGACACUGAUGCUGAGGGGGAUGACUUUGAACUUCUGGACCAGUCGGAGCUGAAUCAGCUGGACCCUGCCAGUUCUAGGAGCCACUGAGGCAGAGACUCCUUUUGGGAGUCACUGUGGUUUAGCUUUUUUUUCUCCCCAUCCCACUUAAGGUGAUGGGGCAAGAGAAGAACUCAGCUCCCCUCCCCUGAAUUAUAUUUGUAUGCUGCGUGGCCUGGCUGAUGUUCAGAGGCCUGCUUAGAGAGGACACUCACUCCCCUCCCACCAGCUGGAUGCCCAUUUCUGAGCUCAGCCACUGAAGUGAGAGUGUGCUCCCCCAAGGGAGGCUUCUCUCCAUCAGGAUGGUACUUUGGGGGGAACAAAGUAGUCAGGGAUAUUGGUUCCCCUUUGAGGAGGUGCUGUUGUUUGCUUUUAGGUAUGAGUGCUCAGGGGCCCUCAUGGAAAGAGCCCAUGCCUGCCUUCCUCCCUUCAUCGCCUCCCUAGAGCCCCGAAAGUCAGGCAGCAGCUGGAGUAGUUACAUUGUCAUCAUCUUUUUUUGGAGACAGUUUUGCUCUGUUGCCCAGGCUGCAGUGCAGUGGUGUGAUCUUGGCUUACUGCGACCUCUGGCUCCCAGGUUCAAGAGGUUCUCUUGCCUCAGCCUCCUGAGUAGUGGGAUUACAGGUGCCCACCACUAUGCCCGGCUAAUUUUUUUUGAUAGUAGAAAUAGGGUUUCACCAUGUUGGCCAGGGUGGUCUCCAACUCCUGACCUCAAGUGAUCCACCUGCCUUGGCCUCCCAAAGUGCUGGGAUUAGUCAUCUUCUCUUGUUAAACCAGGAUUUGAUUUCUUUCUUUUUUUUUUUUUUCUUUUUUGAGACAGAGUCUGGCUCUGUCGCCCAGGCUGGAGUGCAGUGGCAUGAUCUCGGCUCACUGUAACCUCCGCCUCCCGGGUCAAGCGAUUCUCCUGCCUCAGCCUCCUCAAUAGCUGAGAUUACAGGCAUGUACCACCAUGCCCGGCUAAUUUUUUUUUUGUUUUUAGUAGAGACAGGGUUUCACCAUGUUGGCCAGGCUGGUCUAGAACUCCUGACCGCAAAUGAUCAGCCCACCUUAGCUACCCAAAGUGUUGGGAUUAUAGGUGUGAGCCACUGUGUCCAGCGUGAUUUUUUUUUUUUUUUAAAGUAAACUUGUCCUUUGGUUUUGCAGAACAGGCCUGCUUCCUCUCUAGCCCAUCCUCAUUUCUUGGGGCCUGAACCCCAGUGCUCCAAAGCAUUGCUUGUGAAAUUUAAGAAAUGUGAAUAUGAUGUGGGGAUGGGCCUCUUCUACAUUACCUUGGCCCAGGGGGAUCAGCUGGCUGGGAGGAUUAGUGAGCACCUCUGUAUUUUGAGGUCUCACUGAGUCUUCUGGAGCUGUGUGGUUAAUCUUUGGUUUCUGAUAACCCCUGGGUCCAUUUGGCCAUCAGCCUCAGCAGUGAGCAAAGCAAUACUGUACUCAAAAUUUCUAUGUUCCUGUUCCUUCCUCUGCUCCUCCUUUGGAGAAGCAAUAAUUCCAUGGGGGGAUGAUACAGUAGCACUUUACAAAUGGCUCCAUGUCAUUCAUCCCAGGGGCCACACAUAAUCUCUUGCACCACCUAUUCUUCCUGUUCAGCUCCUUUACAGCUUUUAUUCCUAACUUGGUGGGGCCUCCUUUAAGGAUGAGCCAAUGGUAAGAAUGUGGCUGUAGUCAGCAGAGACCCCUCUGAGGGGUAUCUGUUCUGCAUCCCCUAGUGAAAUCAUGUGAGACAGAAACCUAAACAUGGUAAUUGAUUCUAAACCUGUGCCAGUCUAUAGCCUCUGCCUCCCCAAUCAGAGCUCAAGCCAAACUCUCCUGUCCUCUUUCCUUCUGCAUUAACCCUUUGCUGAUCCUCAGGGGCCACUCCCCCAACACCCCUGUACUUGGGUGAGGGAUGUUGGACAGAGCCUGUUUUCAUGUACUGCAGGUGGGGGUGUGCUGACAUGUUUGCUCUUGGUUGAUGGAGAAGGUACAGAGGCCAGGGAGUGAAAAUGGUUGACAGUAAGAAGGGGGAAGAGUUAGGUGUCUCAUAGUCACUCACAGUGGGGUGGUCAGGGGUAAUGGCAUCUCCCCACUUUAGGGUUCUCAAACAGACUUUGGACACUUCUCAAGUUCAGAUGUUUUACAGGUGAGCUCUGAUGUGGAAAGACAGGAGGUAUGGGGAAGGAGGGGGAUUUCGUGUGUUUGCAUGAGUGUGUGUUUCAGGCCUUGGGAGUUGGCAAGAGGGAGGGAAGGAAGGAGAGUAAAAUCUUCGGAAGGUGUUUCUUGUAUCUGGGGGAAUCCUACUCUGAAUCUCCAUAGUCUCCACUGUGAACUGAGGAGGGGAGGGGUGUGCUGGGGAAUAAAUCUUGUAUGAGAACAAUCUU